UCGAGGGGGCGGGGCAGUCGACUUGGGGACUUCGCGGCGCCAUGGCGGCAUCCAGGGCCAUGUGGGAGAGCGGCGAUCCCGGGGCCCGCGCCGCGCUGGUGCAGUUCGCCAAUGGAGAACCGGCGAGCGCGGGAGGCAUCGGUCUCUCGGUGUUCACGAGCACGGAGCGGGAGCACCCGCGUAAGAAGCACCGCGCCAUCGUGGUGGCACAAGCGGAGCAUCUGUACUACGUGGGACAGAACUUUGGCGUGAAUACGUCACGGUGCAACAGCCUGUGUAGGUACUACGUGGGCGUGCUGGACAAGGAGGAUGGCAAGAUGAGGGUAUACAACGCGCAGCACUUCAUGAUGCAACCCAAUAUCCAAGGAGAGAAAGAGUACGAGCCAAAGAAGAAAUCAGAAGGCUCGUAUAGAGAUAAGGUUGACGCUUUGAUCGAGGCCUUUGGGAGCCACAAGCAGAAACGUGCGCUCUCAGCGCGUCGCAUGAACCAGGUGGGCGGUGAGAGCCUUCAGAAGGCCGUCUCCACCGUGGCUCAGCAAAUCAUCGAAACCCGUGGCUCCGAGUUCCUGACACGUGAAGUGCAGCGGGUGGAGGCAUUCGAGCAAUCGACCUACCUUCCACCGUGCAACCCCAAAGCCACCUCUCCGGACGAGGCCUACAAACUCAACGACAUCAUCACAGAGAUGGAACUUGAGGCAGCGGAGGAAGCGAGCUCCAAAUACUUGGAGCUAAUGAAGUCUGGCACGAAAUCCGUCACACAAGACACCACGUUGAGUGCACUUGCCAUCGGGGCGAUACGAGUCACGCCUAAUGAUGCCUCUAUCCGCAAAUUACGGGCUGGACUCGUGUGGUACCUGGACACCUUGGUCCACUUGUUCCAGCUGAAGAAGAAGAAGUUCUCCUCCAGAGAUACUCUGGGUGACCACAUGCCGCCUCUGCUGAGGACCAAGAUCCUUGAGUGCUUCACAACGGUCUCCUUCGACAAUGGCAGGGUGCAGAAUGCCAUGACCCCAGCGCUACGGGACAAGAUCAUUGCGUACGUGCUGGUGCUGGCGCUGCACCUGAACUCGUUCUCAAUCAACCUCUCGCUACUGCAGAAGGACUUCAAGGUCAGCGAGAAAAAGAUCCUGGAGGUGGCGCGUGCUCUGGGAUUGAAGAUCAAACAAACCCGAGCGACGAGCUCCACCACGGAACACAAGUCCCGCAUAGCUGAGUUGGCUGUACCCCUCACCAUGCCCGUUGCCUCUCACGAGCGCAAGCGCAAAAGAUAGGAACCCACCUGCCCGGUGUCACCGACGCAUCACACAUGCAUGCAUGAGCGCUAGCUCUGCACAGAGGGGGAAACCAAGCGAUGGCUUAAUCCGAUCCUCCAGUGCAUCAAUUCAACUCUGGGAGGAGACUGGGUUCGGCAGCGUGAGACACUCACGAGAGACUUGGGUAGUACGACCUGUUCGCAGAGGGCAGGAGCAAGGAGUAUGGUUCGAGACUUCACUGUAACGUUAUUUUUUUUCUAAUAAAGUUUUGAAUUUGCA